AUGUUUAGAGGGUCUCGUUUGUUCCAUACAGUGCGUGCUUUGCGCAAUGAAAAAACGGUUUCUUCUGUAAACCAGGUUUUGCAAGAAUCUACAAACCAAAAACAAAUCAUUAGCGGAGCUCCAGCGGAGCUUGCCGCAAACAGAAUGGUUCGUAUCUAUAAAGAAGCGAAAGCGGCCACGCAAUCGUCUGCCAACAACGCGAAAUACUGGAAAAUUGACUGGGAUGUGCUUCCUAGAGGAAACAGGUGGGAGAAUGAUUUGAUUGGGUAUCAGUCUUCAAGUGACUAUAUGCAAGGCACCAGACUUUCUUUUGAGACUAAGGAAAGUGCUAUUAGCUUUGCUAAUAAUCAGGGAUGGGAUUAUUUCAUCCAAGAGCCAAAGAAAAGGAAGUUCAAGAAGAAAGAAUACGCGGCAAACUUCUAUCAUUCUUCCGGACCUUUGAAGCAUAUCAGAACUAAGUAG